AUGCUCGCCUCAACAUGCCUCCUCGCCUUGGCCGGUCUCGCCCCCUUCGCUCCCACCCUCGCCGCCGCCGCCGAUGAGGACGUGCCCCAGAAGCCCCUGAACCCCGACGCCGCGAACCCUCCCCCGCCGCGGGCCUCCGCCUCGCUCCUCCCCGGUGCCGGCUCUCACAUCCUCGCCUUCGGCACCGUCGCCUCGUCCUCCUCCUCCACCGUCUUCUGCUCACCCUUCGAGAAGGUGUGCGACGGCAGGUGCAUCCCCAUAUCGGGGGCCUGCUGCGUCACCGGCCGCGGCGGCUACUGCGAGGAGGGCAACUACUGCGUCGCCGGCGGUUGCUGCAAGACCGGCAAGACGUGCUCGGGCCCGCCGCAGGGGUGCGCCGCCGGCAAGGUGCUCUGCAACGGCCUCUGCAUCCCGGUCGGCACCGCGUGCUGCCCGACGGGCGGGUACUGCGCCGCCGGGGAGAGGUGCGCGGCGGACGACACCUGCGCCAAGCCCUCCGGCGCCGGGGGCGACGAUGGACAGUGCGAGUCCGGCAAGGUGAUCUGCGGGAGUGGAUGCAUGCCGGCCGGCGAGGUGUGCUGCUCGACGUACUUCUGCAACGCCGGGGAGACAUGUGCCGCGAACGGCAAGUGCAAAACGGGCGGCGGUGGUUCCAAGUCCCAGUGCGGGACAGGACAGGCGCCGUGCGGUGCCGGGUGCAUGCCCAAGGGCGUGGUGUGCUGCGAGACGUUUUACUGCUUCGAGGGGCAGACGUGCGCGGCGAACCGCAAGUGCCGGAACCCCGACGGCGACGGCGGCGGCGGCGGCGGCGGCGGGGACGGCGGAGAGAACAACGGGUCCGGGACGUCGUCCAGCCCGCGGCCAACCCGGACGACGACCACGGCACAUCCCGUGUCCACGACGGCGUUUGCAAACGAGCCGAAGCCGACAACAACGACGACGACGUCGGAGGAAGGGGAUGAUGAUGAUUCAACUUCGACUUCGGCCGUCUUUACCCGGACGGCGCCCACGGCGGCCACAACGCCCACGAUGGAGACUGGGCAGACAGGGCAGACAACGGGAUUGGCGCCGCCGAGCACUCUCGCCAAUGGAGGCGCCGGGCGCGUGGCGAAGAAUAUCCAAGGAGCGGUCCUUGUGAUGGGCUUGUUCGCAGCAGCGCCGCUAGUCAUCUGA